AUGUGGCAUCAUAACUUACUGCUUCUAUUAUUGCUUGUCAUUCAGCUUUAUUUUGUUCAGCAAGUGACAACCGACACUUUUCCAAAUCCUCGUGUCAAUGGCUACAUUGAAUGUGGAUUAAAAUCGAAGGGAUAUGUGUGUGAUCCCGACAAACAACUUACCAUACAAGAAAGAUACCGACUAAACAACGAUUUAUUGCAAUUAUCGCGACGAACAUUAGGUGGUCAGGGUGCGAAUUUUUGUACUAUAAAAGGUGUUGAUGCUACCUUACUCAUUACAAAACAGGGUAAUGAGCAAUUAGCGCGUGAAUUGAAUACCCUUUGGGCUAUUGAUAGACAAUGUAAAAAAUCUGUCAUUCUCGUACUCUCGACCAACGAUCACCGCCUUUAUUAUGCAGUCGAUGAACAUUCUCCCAUAUCUGUCAAUGAUUUCGAAAAAGCGAUCAGCGAACAACAGCAACUUUUAAACGAAGGCAAAUUUACGAUGGCUUUGACGACGAUAUUUUCGAAGCUUGGUAAAUCUAUUGAGGAUAAAAAGAAGGGAAGAAUAAAGAUAAACGAUAUUCCGGAUCAAAGAGAUACAUCUAUGCGUAUUCCGCAAGUCGGCGUUCUCUCAUAUCUUGCGAUGAUUUCAUCAAUUGGUUUAUAUUUACUCGCUGCAUAA